AUGGAUGAACUCUCAAUGCCGGUCGAUCAGCUGCCUGAGAUCCAUGAAAGUAGAACUAAUGGACAAACGGAGGCACGAGUGGAGCUGGAGGUUUGCGGUGAUGGAUCUGAGAGCAGGGAAAAGGUCCGGGUGUCGGGUGCCGAGCAUGCGGGCACCUCCAGGGCAGGGGCAGGAGGUACCUUAAGUAUUCCAUCCCCGACCUCCGUCACUCGGCCCGCCUGUGCCUGCGCUGUAGCUUCCGCUGAUCGCCUGCCCAGCAGUGGCAUGACAGUGCGGUACAGCCGCUAG